CUCGACUUUAGCGUCUGGUAAUGUACUGUAGGUACCGAUGUCUCUUCGUUUAUGCGUGAGGAGUACGUUCAAAACAUUCCAUAAACAAAACAGUACUUUCAUAAUGCCAAAGUCUGCGGGAAUUAUUGUAAUAGGUGACGAAAUUUUGAAAGGGCAAACAAAAGACACAAACUCAAUUUUUUUAUGUCAACUUCUUCAUUCUUUGGGAGUUUCAUUAAAGCGAAUAACUGUGAUUGGAGAUGAUAUUCAAGAAAUUUCUAAUGAGGUUCGCAUUUUUUCAAACGCAUAUGAUUAUGUGUUGACUUCUGGUGGAAUCGGACCUACACAUGAUGAUAAAACAUUUGAUGGAGUUGCCAAUGCAUUUAAUGAAUCAGUUGUGGCCAACCAAACUUUAGUGGAUCUCUGUACAAGGUAUUUUGGUAAUAAGCCGAUGAAUUCGCCAGAAAUGAAAAUGGCUCAUAUUCCAGAAUCUGCUGUACUUCACUUUGGACAUGAUGCUUCUACAGGACGUUCAUUUCGAUUUCCAGUCAUCGCAGUCAAAAAUGUUUUUCUAUUUCCAGGUAUUCCUUCAUUACUUGAGAAGUCCGCAGUGAGUUUGAAGCAUUUAUUUAAAGGAGAAGGUCAGUUUUAUACAAAUAAAAUUUUGGUUGAUGAAUUAGAAACAGGAAUAGCAAAAUAUUUGUCGGCUUGCCAAGAAAAAUAUCACUCCGUUGGUGUUGCUAUUGGAUCAUAUCCUGAUCUUUUCAACAAUUACUAUAAGGUGAAAGUAGUUGUAGAAUCUGUCAAUUCUCAAGCAACAGAAGAAGCUACAAAAUAUCUGAUGGAUUCAAUUCCACAGCACCUAGUUGUUAAAGAUUAUGUAGAAAAUCCAACUGAGCUACAGGGUAAAGAUGUUUUCAAGAAGACAUUUACGUCACAGUCGUUGUCCAAGAAAGUUGAUGAGGCAGUUCAAAUUAUAGAAGAAGCGCUAAGACGAUAUUCAUUCAAUGAAUUGUGCAUUGGUUUUAAUGGUGGAAAAGAUUGCACUGCGUUGCUUCACUUAUUUUAUGCAGUUCUGUGUAGAAAAUAUCCUGAAGGCAAAGAACCAAUAUUAUCAUUAUAUGUUAAAGAUCCGAAUCCUUUUGAUGAAGUUCGUAGAUUCAUGGAGGAAUCAUGUAAACGGUACAAAUUGAAAUUAGUCACAAUCGAUGAUAAAAUUAAGCCAGCGCUUGAAAAGUUGAAGUUAGAACACCCUGAAGUUAAAGCUACAUUAAUGGGAACAAGAUAUACAGAUCCAUACUCAAGAAAUUUAGCAGCAUUUUCUCCAACUGAUGAUGACUGGCCAUCAUACAUGAGAGUUAAUCCAAUGCUGGAUUGGAGCUACCAUGAUGUUUGGGAAUUCUUACGAUCGUUACACCUUCCUUACUGUGUAUUAUAUGAUAGAGGAUACACUAGUUUGGGAAGCAAAGAAAACACAAAACGCAAUGAAAAGUUGAUGUAUAUAGAUGAAGAUUCAAGAAUUAAAUAUAGGCAAGCAUAUACUUUGCAAGAUGAAGAUUUUGAAAGGAAUGGACGAUUAUAAUGUUUCUUAAAUAUUUGUGUAUAUUGCUUCAAAUCGAACAUAGAGAUACUAAAUUAAUGCUGUAAAUGCUUUAAAUUUAAGAUUGUUGAAAUUACUUUUAAUGGCAGAUAAGAUGGUUAAUAUGGUAAUGAAAAAAAAUAUUACAUUUAUGAGGCGUUUUAUUUUAUGCCACUGAUUUUUUUUACAAGCUGUGCAAAGUUAUGCUUUUUUGGUGUUGCUUAUGAUCAAUAUGUCCCAUAUCCCAUUCUGUUUUAAUUACAUGCCAACCUUACCAUAUUAGAUAUGCCAUUUAAAUGUUCUUAAUUUCUUGAUGUGAUUCUGGUUUUUUUCAUUAAUAUCUUAAAAAUUACUAUUGUGCAUGCAAUUGUGUUUGUCUAUUUGCUUAUGAAUUAUGAACUGCAGUUGGUGUGCAUAGAAUACAACAGGCUUAUCAAAUAUUUAUUGAAGAAUUAGGUGUCUGCAAGAGCCAGCAAAUUUUACCAGUUGUUUAUAUUUCAAUUAUUCAUAACAUGUCUCAAUGAUUAGUUGGCUAUCUUUGUGAGGAGUUCAUACUAUGUGUAUCCGGAGUAUAUAUUGAAACAGUAAUUUUUUUGUCCCCGACAUACAUAUUCUAAAAUUUACUGAGCGCUAUUAAAUCAUUGCCGUGAUUCAAGAUCAAUCCGUUCACUUUCUUUCAGUCGUCUAAGCAGGCUAUACCAUACUAUAUACUAAAUAUAUGUACACUAUAUAUUAUUCUAACCACAUGUUUGGCAACUAAAUUCUGCUUCCUGUCUGUCUACUUGCUUGUAUUCAAAAUGGCGAAUCUUAUAGAACUUCGAAGCUUAUACAAGUAAGCUUUGCAUAUAAAAAAAACUCACAUACAGUAUAUAAAUAAUAGCAAAAGCUCGUAUGAAAAUCUA